UCUUCCUCAUUUAUUAACACACAUACACAUUUAUAUACACAUACUUUACAUCUACAUAUUUUGGACUAGCUAUUGUAAAUCUUUCUUGAGAUGGUCCUCCUCUUAUCUUAACUUUAUAAAAUUCUGUCCUCCUUUCAGUUUACAUUUCUUCAUUUUCCGGUCUCAGGACACUGAAUGUGAUAACAUUCAAAGAUCCAUCAAUGGAGGUUAUUGUUCUUGCAUCCAAUAGAAGUCUUCUUCUAAUCUUUCUUGUUUUUGUUAUAAGUCUCUUGAGCAUAAAAGUUACACAUGUCUCUGCCGUUAACUACACCAAAACACAUAGACAAGUCAGCAGCUUGAGAGUUGAGAGGAUCCAAAAUCACUUGAACAAUAUCAACAAGCCUCCUGUCUUCACCAUUCAGAGUCCUGACGGUGAUUUAAUAGAUUGUGUACCCAAAAGAAAGCAGCCAGCUUUGGAUCAUCCACUCUUAAAGCAUCACAAGAUUCAGAAAGCACCGAGGACAAUGCCGAAGAUGGUGGGAAAAGAGAGAAGCGAUGAUGUUAAAGAAGCAGCGAGUGUACUGGAAGGUGCAUGGCAAAUGUGGCACGUGAACGGCACGAGGUGCCCCAAGGGAACUGUUCCCAUACGACGCAACACAUUGGACGAUGUGCUCAGAGCCAAGUCUCUCUUUGACUUUGGGAAAAAGAGACGAAGUAUUCACCUUGAUCAACGGACAGAAAAGCCUGAUGCCCUUGGAACUAGUGGACAUGAGCAUGCGAUCGCUUACACGGAAACAUCGUCGGAGAUAUACGGAGCAAAAGCUACUAUAAAUGUGUGGGACCCAAAGAUUGAACAAGUGAAUGAGUUCAGUCUCUCACAGAUUUGGAUUCUGUCCGGAUCUUUCGUCGGUCCUGAUCUCAAUAGCAUCGAAGCUGGCUGGCAGGUCAGUCCGGAGCUGUAUGGUGACAACAGACCAAGAUUGUUCACUUAUUGGACGAGUGAUUCAUAUCAAGCAACAGGAUGUUACAAUCUUCUAUGCUCUGGAUUUAUCCAAACAAAUAACAAGAUUGCCAUUGGAGCCGCCAUCUCUCCUCUCUCUACUUUCAAUGGAAACCAAUUUGAUAUCACCAUUCUCAUUUGGAAGGAUCCAAAAUUGGGGAAUUGGUGGAUGGGUUUAGGAGACAAGACGUUGGUCGGGUACUGGCCAGCAGAGCUAUUCACCCACUUAGCUGACCACGCAACCACCGUGGAAUGGGGCGGUGAGGUCGUGAACACACGUGCUUCAGGCCGGCACACGACAACCCAAAUGGGUUCUGGUCAUUUUCCGGACGAAGGGUUUGGGAAAGCAAGUUACUUCAGGAACUUGGAGAUUGUUGAUUCAGACAACAGUCUUGUACCGGUGCAGGAUGUCACGAUAUUAGCAGAGAACACCGAAUGUUACGACAUUAAGAGUUCGUCUAGUAAUGAGUGGGGAACUUAUUUUUACUACGGUGGUCCAGGUUUUAAUCCUAGGUGUGCUUGAAAAAACAAGUGUACAUAGUUUGAAAUAUGUUAUUUUUUCAGUGAAAAUUGAAUAUUUGCUUAUUGUUUUUUACAUCGUCGACAUUAUUAAUUAAACAUUUAAAUCUA